UAUUUUUAAACUUAUUUUUAAUUUUCUUUAAUAUGGACGAUAUUCCAAUGGUUGAUGAUGAAAGACAACCUAACCAACUUGAAAAAACGAAGAAUGCUAAGCCGGCUUUACCUUUACCAGAGCAAGAGGAUCGGGAAGAAAAGGCGCGACUUAUUUCACAAAUUUUGGAAUUGCAAAAUACACUUCAAGAUUUGAGUCAACGCGUAGAAAGUGUUCGUGAGGAAAGUUUAAAAUUAAGUUCUGAAAAUAUUGUAUUGGGCAAAUAUAUUCGUAAUUUAAUUGGUUCUAGUUCAUUAUUUCAACCAACAAAUUCAACAGCAAAUACGCCAAAAGAACCAAACGAAUAA